AUGCGUUCUCUCCUUAAGGUCCUCGCUGCCUCCGCGCUACUCGGCGCCGCAGCUCAAGGCGCGUUUGCAUCUCAAGGCGCCUCCCAGGUUUCCGAAAUCCCUGCCGACAGAACUAAAGUUGCCGCAGUCCUGCAGCACCCCGUGCAGCAGCCAGCUGCUGUGGAGGAAAUCAUAGAGCAGCGGCCUGUGGAAACUGCAACACCAGAGGAAAUAGCAGCAGCAAUUGCAGCAGCAGCAGCAGCAGCAGCAGAGGAAGAAGAGGCUGCAGUUCCAGCACCGGCCGAGGAGGAAGAAGCAGCAGCUCCAGCACCAUGCGGGCAGCAGGAUGCAGCAGCAGCAGCAGCUCCAGCUGAGGAGGAAGAGGCUGCAGCAGCAGCUCCAGCUGAGCAGGAAGAGGCUGCAGCAGCAGCUCCAGCUGAGCAGGAAGCAGCAGCAGCAGCACCAGCUGAGGAGGAAGCAGCAGCAGCACCGUGUGCAGGAGAAGCAGCUGCAGCAGUAGAAGCACCAGCCGAGGAGGAAGCAGCAGCAGCACCGUCUGAGGAAGAGGCAGCAGCAGCAGCACCUUCCGAGGAAGAGGCAGCAGCAGCAGCACCUUCCGAGGAAGAGGCAGCAGCAGCAGCACCUUCCGAGGAAGAGGCAGCAGCAGCAGCACCGUGUGAGCAGCAGGAAGCGGCUGCAGCGGAGGCGCCGGCAGAGGAGGAGGCAGCAGCAGCAGCCGAAGAAGAGGCAGCAGCUCCAGAGCAGCAGCAGCAGCCGCAGCAGCCACAGGUUUCAAUUUCUGUUGAAGAAGUCGAUCCCGAAUCCGCAGAAGAGGAAGACGCUUCUGCUGCUGAUGUGGCAGCGCCCGUGGCCGACGCUGCAGCAGCAGAAGCAGCAGCAGCAGAGCAGGAGGCCGCUGCAGCAGCAGCAGCAGCAGAGCAGGAGGCCGCUGCAGCAGCAGCAGCAGCAGAGCAGGACGCCGCUGCAGCAGCAGCAGCAGCAGAGCAGGACGCCGCUGCAGCAGCAGCAGCAGCAGAGCAGGAGGCCGCUGCAGCAGCAGCAGCAGCAGCAGCAGCAGCGCAGGAAGCAGCCUGA